UGAAUUGGCAUGGGGGGAACGAGCGAAUGUACAAGUUUGGGAUUGUGCACCACACACACAACGUGUAACCUCCGCUACUUCGUGCAGUGAGGCAAGGGUAAACCCCUUUCAAUCCAUGCAAUAGAAGAUUAAUAAUUGGGCUAAACUUAUAGAAGUCAGCUAAAUACAGGCAUGAGAAACCUGACAUAAUUAUACAGGGAGUCACGAUGGACAACCCUGUAAGAAAGAAAGGAGGCCCCAACAAAGGAGGCGGACGAGGAAAUAAAAGCAGAGGAGGUCAAGGUGGCGGGGGUCGUGGCGGAGGUCGUGGUGGAGGUCGUGGAAGAGGUCAGGGUUCAACUGGAGGAGGAGGAGGAAAGAGUCAAAAGCCUGCAGGAUUUGCGUCGGAGACUGGAGCGAGGAAGGGAAAAUAUGAUUACUUAGACGAUGAUGUUUGUUUUAUGCCGAGGGAACAUUCACGUGGCAGUAACACCAACAGUAACAGAGGUGGGGGCGCUUCAAAAGGGGGCUAUUCGUCAGGAAAACCACAGAGUUCCUCACAUGGCCCAUCAUCAUCAGGACGAGGAUCGUCAUCAUCAGGACAAGGGUCUUCAUCGUCAGGGCGGGGAUCAUCUGGAGGACCUGGGAACGAUGGAUAUCGAGGACGGGGUGGUGGCAACGGGUCAAGAGGGCGUGGCAGGGGUGAGUCCAGGAAGGUUCAGAUGCAGCAACUUCAUAUGACUACUGAUAAUCAAGAAUUAGUGCGUGACGUCCUGAGAGAACUGAAGGGGGCAGAGCCCACUGAGUUCAGUGAGCAAGGCUACGAGGAAUUGGAUUAUCAUAGCGACAAUCGCUACUGGACUGAGGAUAAAACAAUGAUGGUUGAGGGCGCUUCUUUCUUCCAAGUGGAUGAGGAGGACGAUGACCUGCAAGAAAAGCUUGUCAAUAAAUACGCUGUGCUCAAACUACUUAAAUAUGGCUUCCAUCGUGACCACUGCAAGGAAGCCUUGGAAGAGACAGACGGCGAUGUCGGCAAGGCAGUAGAACAUCUUCUCAAAACUUGCUUUGAGACCUCUUCAAAGAAGAGCAAAAAGAAACGGACUAAGAGUCAGGGAGAGCAGGACAACGAGGCGCUGAUGAAGGAGGCCUUGCUCCAGAGGGAAGAGGAAGCUCUGGCCCUCAGCUCCAUCUACAGAGACGACUUUGAGGAAAGGAUACCCAACCAAAUAUGGGUCAUGACCUUUGACCUGCCUCAUGUCACAGAUCACUUUCAGGUGAAGGCGAGGCAACUGCACGACAGAAAACAGCAGAUGGUUGAACAAUCCCUCUCAAAUGUCAAUAUCUGCAGAUUCUACCAGCAGGGUCAUUGUCGAUUUGGCUCGUCGUGCAAGUUUCGGCAUAAACUAACCCCUGGAAAGACAUACCAGGAGAUCUGUGAUAACUCCAACGCACAGGUUUAUCAGUUAGAGAUCCGGUUCCCGAAAGGGAAUGUUUAUCCCAUGGAACCCCCACUUGUUGCCUUCCUGACGGCCAGUCCAGAAUUUCCAAUCGUUAAAUGCCUCAAUGUCUCUAAACUGCUGUUUGAUGAAGCGAAGGUUGUCGCUGAAAGUGCCUCUCCUGUUGUGUUCUCCCUUGUCGCCCUUCUAGAAGAUCCUGACCAGAUGAUUAAGGCCCUUGAAGAGAAACCUUUGCCAAUGGGUCUUGCGCCUUCCUUAAAAAAGGACGAUUCUGCAACGAAGCAUGGUGCCGGACGUGGAAGACCUCAGAGUGCUUCUGCUGGCAUACCUCUAGGCACAAGAACUAAAAGUUCUGUGAAUUCAUCAAAAACAAAUUUGAAGAAGGAGGAUCUUGAUGAAAGCAGUGAGAGUGAAUAUGAUGAUGAAGAGGAGGAGGAGGAAGUCGAACAGCUUCCAGUUAGAACUAAUAAGAGCGUACCUCCAAGAAGAGACAAGAGAGAAAUUGAAAGGCUUAACAGAACCCUCAAAGAGACCUUUAAGAGGAAACAGCAUUCUCAUGCAUACAGGAACUUCUUGGCAGACAGACAGAAGCUGCCUGCAUGGAAGGAGCAAGAGACCAUCUUGGAAGCUCUUGAUAAAAACCAAGUUGUGGUUGUCAGUGGCAUGACUGGGUGCGGAAAGACAACCCAAGUUCCUCAGUUCAUCCUAGAUGCUUCCCUUGCAAACCAUGGGCCUUCAUUGUGUAACAUCAUCUGUACCCAGCCAAGGCGUAUUUCAGCCACAGCGGUGGCUGAGAGAGUUGCUAAUGAGAGAGCUACAAGGCUGGGAGGUGUGGUUGGGUACCAGAUUAGACUGGAGAACAAGCAGUCGUCCUCUACAAGACUUCUCUUUUGCACAACUGGUAUCCUUCUGCGUAGAUUGGAAGGAGAUUUUAACCUUGAUGGAGUCAGUCAUGUCAUUGUUGAUGAAGUGCAUGAGAGAAGUGAUGAAAGUGAUUUUCUAAUGAUGGUCCUGCGUGAUAUUCUACCCAAGAGGAGAGAUCUUAAGAUCAUACUGAUGAGUGCCACACUCAAUGCUGAGUUGUUCUCCUCUUACUUCAAAGGCUGUCCAGUCAUCCACAUCCCAGGAAAAACCUUCGCUGUUGAACAGUACUUUUUGGAGGAUGCCAUUGAAUGUACAAACUAUGUGCUUGAGGAGAAUUCUACCUAUUCCCGACCAAUCAAGCGCAGCAAUGCUGUACAAUCAGAGAGUACGGCCAAACAGUUGAGGGGCUUUACACACGACGGUGGGAUAGAGGAUGAUAUAGCGGAAGCAUUAUCCUCGUUGAAUGUCAGCCCCCCUAAAGAUAACGUCAAAGAUUGGAAUCUAACAAUUCCACAGCUAGCUCUCAGAUACAGCGAUUACAGUAAAAGCACCAUCAGAACUCUGGGUACAAUGGACCCAGAUAAGAUAAACAAUGACCUGAUUGAAACGCUGGUGUCAUGGAUUGUAUUCGGUGAUCAUGAGUACCCUAAAGACGGAGCCAUUCUUAUCUUCUUGCCAGGGUUAGCGGAGAUACUGUCUUGUUAUGAACAACUACAGAGCUCUCUUUGUGGACCAAGGGCUAAAAAAAAGUUCAAGCUUGUACCUCUGCACUCUUCACUUUCAAGUGAGGAGCAAAACUCAGCCUUCAUCAAGCCAAAGGAGGGGGUGACUAAAGUAGUCAUUGCGACCAACAUCGCCGAGACCUCCAUUACAAUUGAUGAUGUUGUGUUUGUUAUCGAUGUAGGCAAAAUGAAGGAGAAAAGGUAUGAUUCGUCAAAGGGAAUGGAGAGCCUGGAAACGACCUGGGUGUCGAGGGCCAAUGCGUUACAGCGCAAGGGAAGGGCGGGGCGUGUCACCCAAGGGGUGUGUUUUCAUCUCUACAGUAAACACACCUAUGAUGAACACCUUAGAGAGCAGCCUAUUCCAGAGAUCCAGAGGAUUCCACUGGAGCAGCUGUUACUGAGAAUCAAAAUUCUGGAGAUCUUCAAAAGGCAGUCAGUUCAGGAUGUGCUGUCAAAUCUACUGGAACCUCCUCCAGUGUCGAAUAUUCAAGAUUCUAUCUUAAGAUUACAGAAUCUUGGAGCAUUGGACCUUAGUCAGGCCUUAACACCACUAGGUUUUCACUUAGCCUCCCUACCAGUUGAUGUACGCAUUGGCAAACUCAUGUUGUUUGGUGCUAUCUUCCGCUGUUUGGAUCCUGUACUUACUAUUGCUGCUAGUCUCAGCUUCAAGUCACCAUUUGUUUCUCCAUUUGACAAGCGUGAUCAAGCAGACAAGAAGAAGUUGGAGUUUGCCAUUGGUAACAGCGACCAUCUUACUCUGCUCAGAGCAUACAAGGGUUGGACUGCAGUGAUAGAGCGCGGCUCGUACAACGGUUAUCGUUAUUGUCAUGAAAACUUCCUCUCAUUCAAAACACUUCAGAUGAUAGCGAGCAUGAAGCACCAGUUUGCUGAGCUCUUAUCGUCCAUUGGUUUCGUCCAAGAUGGUCUGAAUGCAAAGAUGAUGGACAGGAAGACAGGAGGUAAUGGAGAUGCAGUCUUGAAGAUGUGUGGACCAGAGGCUAACUCCAAUGCAGAAAACUCCCGACUCGUAGUCGCUGUGCUGUGUGCUGCCCUCUAUCCCAACGUUGUGCAAGUCAUGACACCAGAGUCCAAGUACAGUAAGACAAGCGCCGGGGCAGUCCCUAAGGCUCCAAAACCCACUGAUAUCAGAUUCAAAACAAAGGAAGAGGGAUAUGUUAACAUUCAUCCAUCAUCAGUUAACUUUCAAGUGAGAUAUUACGAGAGCCCGUAUCUGGUGUAUCAUGAAAAGAUCAAAACAUCAAAGGUGUACAUACGUGACUGCAGCAUGGUGUCCAUAUACCCACUGCUGUUGUUUGGCGGCUGUGAUCUAUCGAUUGAUCUCGAUAAGGGACGCUUCAUCAUCUCAUUAGACGAGGGUUGGAUUCGAUUCAGCGUUGCAUCCGUUCAGGUAGCUGAGCUUGUGAGAGAGUUGAGGCUGGAGCUAGACCAGCUCCUAGAGGACAAGAUUCAGCAGCCUAACAUGGAUCUAUGUACGUGUCCACGAGGCAGUCGAAUCAUCACAGCUAUUGUACAACUCAUAAGUACACAGUAAAUUGCAGCCAUUACAUCAUUAGUGUGUGAGCAGUAGCUUUGCAUUUCACCAACUUUGAUUCAAGUCAUUGGAAGUGUGUGCACAACAUUAGUGAGAUUGAAAACAUAAAUGUUACUAAACUUGCACAUAAAUCGAUCAUGGGGGAAAAUAUUUUGCUUGAAAAUCUUUAGUUUUUGAGAUACGAAUAAAACAAUUAGUUUUGAUCUUGCUAGUCCAAAACCCGUUUGAAACUGUGAAAGCAAAACAUGUUUUUUUAAUUAUUUCGCUUGACUCCAGUGACCCAUUGUGCUAUGUGUUAUGUUGGUUGGGUUACACACAAAGUGUGGAUACUGGUCAUUGAAAAUAAAUGUCAACGACCAGUUUCCAAUGCGGUUUACUAGCUAGCUUUAACCAAUUUGAAAAAUUGGGAACAGAAUUUAUUAAAGAUACGAGUCUUCCAAAGAGGUUGUUUGAAAAAACUUUUGUCAGUGUGGAACUUGCUGUACAAAAGUGGACUCAACAGCCAACUCUAUACUAUUGAAUUAUGGUGUGCUACUGAAUUAUUAGUUUGGUACCCAUAGCUGUGACCUUAGAAUGCUCGCAAUUUUGGCGGUCAAAAUUGAAGGGAAAACUUAUGGUAAGCGUACAAACAAAUGUUCCUUUUAACUUUUGUAAUUAUCUGUUAUUUUUUCGGAUAAAUUAUUGCAGUCUGCUGUAUUUAUUAAAUUAAUUAAAGUCCCAAGACGAAUAUUAUGAAUUAUCUUUAUAUUCCUAUAGGCCUAUGGGAAUCGCACUGUGAGGGGUUUGUUUGGCUGGCAUUUUAUGGAAUAAUAGUUUGCAAAAUUAAUUUGACUCUUCAUCGUUGUGUGUGGCUAUCAUUUUAUGGAUCAUUGAACUUGUGUAGUUUGCGAAUUUUGAAGAAAUAAAAUGACAGAGUAAUACAGCUUUUUAAAAGAAUUAUUUAAUUAGUAUGAUCAUUAUGGUGAUUAAUUAUGUGCAACAACAAUAUAUUGCUUUAAAUUAGUAUUUCUGUGUGGUUUUUUUUAAAGGACCCAUACAACUGAAAAUUAAAUAUUUAAUUAAAGUACAGCCAAGCAGAACAAACUUAA